CUUGCCGCGGUCCCACGCUGCCCGCAACAGAAACACACAACCACCCGAGUUUAACUUCUCCCGGCUGCUUUUAAACAUGGUGGGGAAGAUUAAACACGUCCGCCAAAAACUGCACCAGGAGGCGGUGAAGCUCGACACGCCGAGCUCACUUAAAACUCCUGCUCCUCCUGCUCCAUUUCCUGCUCCUCCUGCGCCUAUAGCCGCGGAGCUCCACAACACAACACCGAACACCAAGAGUGAAACCUCCAAACACGUCAAACAGGUUCUGGGAGCGGGGAUCUUCCAGUCCGGGAUCUUUGCCGGCACUAACAUCACUCCGGAGGCCUUGGUACAAACGCUCAAGUUUGAGGAUCCUCCAGAUGUUCCAGUACCUGCUAAGAAAGGUAAGACUCUAAGACAUUAGAUUAGGCUCAACCUGUCUGUUAGUGCUCAGUGCAUUGCUGCGAUAAUCAGUUUAAGUCCCGAAAAGCCUAGAAAUGCACAAAAAUCUCCAAUGUCCGACAAUCCUAAAUAGGUCCUGAAAUCUUAGAAAUGUCCUAAAAUCCAUGAAGCGUCCUAAAAACUUAGAAUGUUUCUAAGGUCCUAGAAACAUCCUUAAAUUCAACAUAUGUCCCAAUAUUCCAAAAUGGUCCUAAAAAUAGGUCCUAAAAUCUUAGACAUGUCCUAAAAUACAUGAAGUGUUCUAAAAACUUAGAAUGGUCCUAAGGUCCUAGAAACAUCCUUAAAUUCAACAAAUGUCCCAAUAUCCCAGAAUGGUCCUAAAAACCAAAAAAUGCCCUGAAAUCCUACAAAACG